AUGAACUAUGACGACUACCUGCAUCCCAUACGUCGUUCUCCACGAGCGGCGCAUGAACUCCGACAAGUGUUUGAGCAGCUGCAGCUCGAAAAUAACGUCGCCGAAUACGACCAGGACGAGGCAGACGGAUGCAGUGAAUCAGAUGAGGACUUCCCACCACCCAUACCACGAAGCCGUGUGAACUCAUACAACGAGCAACCGGCGACGAGUCGAAGAGAACCCCUACCUCGCUCUCCAGGACAUGUGAACCCACUACGGUCGCAUCCGGUUGUGGCUGCCAGGACUUCAGCAGACCAUACACCAGCGCCAGCGCCAGCACCAGCGCCAGCACAAAGACCAGUGCCGAGAACAGCCUCUCGGUAUCGGUUCUCCCAUCCCCUCAGAGAACAGCUGUGUGCCCCUCGACUACCUGAUCCAAUACCUCGCCGACAUCCAACCAACCUUGUUUCCUACAAGCCUGCCAAUCAGCGUCUCCACCCAAAGUUGCGUAAACGAACGUCCUUGGAUACUAUCGCAUCGGUGACAACGACUGCCUCUGCCCGCGAUGCUGAGUUCGACGAGCCGUCAGACGUGGAAACCCAAUCUCUUUCCAUGUUCACACUCGAGUCCGAUUAUCCCACAACACCGAGCGUAGACCUGGGAUCACCGCCAAUGGGCGAGCCUCUGCAGUCGACUUCAAUGCCAGAAUCGCUGCGCACAGCAGGUGUUGACUCCACACCGUCGAUGCCCCCAACAACGCCUGUGACCUCGACAGAAACGCAUCCACCGAAGGGCAUACUUCGAAAGCUGAAGCCUGGCAAAAGGAUGGAUUCAAUGGGCACGGAUGGAGGGGCCGAUAAGCUGGUCAUCGAAAGGACGGUUUCAGUCGAUCAGACGUCCUACCGGUCGAACUCUUCAAGUGCUUCCAACACCAUGUCGUCCGGCACGCCUUCGCGAUACCCAAUCUCAGAGGCAGGCAACUCUCGAUCCAGUAGUACGUGGACAGCGAGCUCGCAUGAUAUCAGCGGGCUGACUCCGGAGGAAUUGAAAAAGUGCAAGAAGAAGGGCAUCAACCCAGCACUGUUCGCCGAGAUGAAAGCGGCAAGGAAGGGGAAGUGGACAAGCCCAAUUGCAGGAAACACAUUCUUGGCCUGA